UCCUUCUUAUGUUUUUCAAUUCGCGUUCCUGCCAAUUUUGUACAAUCAAUAGCUCAAAUUAGAAAGCAUAAAAUGAGCGAUAUCAAUUCGAAGCUUUCCAGGGCGUUCAAAACGACGAAAGAAAUAACCUCCAAAAUCAACUCGGGUUUGCCGAGAAGGGCCGCUACGCCAACAACUAGCGUAUCGCGGCAAAUAUCGCGUACAACCAGCAGGCAAAGCACCAUGGACAUCACCGAGAGUAGACCGACCAGCUGGUCACGUCCGGUUAUCAAAAAAUCUUCCUCUUUAUUAUCCAGUACAUCCAAGAUAGGCAUUCCGGAUGACAAAAUCCAACAGGGUUUGCAUAAGCCGGGUACACUCCCUAAAUAUCUGCGUUCUAAGCGGCCAGCAACGGUGCACAGCAGCUUCAAACCGACGGAUGUAACCAAGAGGAAAAACGACGAAAGCCACGAUAGUUCUCAGAAGCAAAUCGCACAGGACAAAAAACGAUUCGAUAAAUUUAAAGCUGAUAUAGGAGAAAAGAUUCAGAAGUAUUCGAACUCCAAGGAAGCACUUACAAAGGAUUCCCGAAUCCAAAGCGACCAAUCGGUGAUCCCAGCGGCUGAAGGAGCCCUGGAACAGGCAAUUGCUCAUUUUUGUGCUGAACCUGAUCAAAUUGUGACCACCGAGGGUCCCCCAUGCGGGGGCGCUGGCGAUGUUAACCAGGUGCAGACACUACUUCUUACCCGAGAAGCAGAGCUCACGGAGUUGAAUGGGAAAAUGAGGCAGUUGGAAGAAAAAUGUAAUUGCCUUGAGGAGGACUGUAGAACUCAAAUCGAGCGGGCACUAGACUUAGACUGUCAGCUGAGGGCGAAGACAGCACUGGUGCAAGAACGGGAAGCGGAGAUUGAUAAGCUCAAGGCUUACGUGGAUAAUCUGCGUGCGAUUUCUACCUCUCGGGAGACCGUUUCGCACGAAAGCAUACGGGAGCAGGACAAACUGAUAGCCGAGUUACGAGCUGAGCUAGCUCAAAAAUAUACCGAACUGAACAACAGCAAUAAAUUGGUCACUUCUCAAAGCACGCGGCUCGAGAAGCUGAAAACGCAACUGAUCGAAGUUAGCAAUGCUCGCGAGAAAGAGGAAACUGACAGUUUCGAGAUAGCCCAGAAGUUAGCCGAGAAAGAAACGGCUCUAGACGCAGCGUUGGACGAAAAUAAGCGGCUAACCCGAUGUAAUCAGGAAAGGAAAUCAACAAUUGAAAAACUGCAACAACAAAUUUCAACAAUGAGUAGUGAAAUCGCCGCUAAGGAUACACAAAUCGCCAGCCUCAAAGCAUCCGGUGCAGUCGAGUUGCCCACAGAUUCACAGAAAGAUUCUCCGGAAGCGCAGCGUAUCAAACUGGUGGAAACUCUACAGCUAGAACUGGAAACAUUGCGUAACGAUUACAACAUUCUACAGAAAAUGAAACAACAGGACGAUGUACUGUUGCAGAUUCGUUCAAAGCUGCUGGAUAAUUUGGGAUCUAUUAAGGAAUCGUUCAAGGCACGUUGUGAAGCCCUGACGAGGGAUGAGGGGGGUGAAGAUGAGGAUGACGGCAGGCCUCAGCGGACGAUUGAAGGAUUCGAGAUGCUGUGCGACACUGUUGCUGAGAAACAACGGCAAUGUUGCGAGGAGGAAAAAAUUAUUAGUGAAAUUGAGCAGAAUAACCGCAAGUGUAAAGCGGUUCGAUGGAAAAUGUUGGAAAAGCUGAAGGAACUAACGAAGGAAAACCGAACGAUGAAGGAGAUCAUUAGGAGCAACGGUGAUUCUGACCUGUCGAUGGUGGAUGAUCGCAAAGCAGCGACAGCGAAUCAGAGUCAACUCAAGGAACAAAUACUGGGACAGAUUUGUCAGUUGUUUCCAGAUGAAGUACCAGUGUCGAAACAUCGACCGGAAGACGAUGCCAGUGAAGAAAAAAUUACCAGCCGAAUAAUUUACGAAGAACAAAUUGAUAGUGAACCAGAACCAUCGGAUAUGGAAUUGCUUUUAUAGGGUAUUUGUUGUAAAAUUUGAUCACCUAGUCUUGGUAAUUUAUUUUUAUACUAAUUUAUUUAAUACAUUGUAUUGAA